AAAUUUAUUGCUCAUAGUCCUGAAAUUUCAUGCAUAGAAGAAUGGUGAUUUUUAUGUGAAAAUAAUAAAAUGUCUAAUAGUUUCAAGACAUGGCAUCAACAUGCAAGAUGUCACCACUUGCCAUUUCUUACAGACGCUGAACGCCGUACAUCAACCGCCGAACACCAACUGCCGAACACCAUUCACAAAUAUGUUGGAGACCAUAACAAUAGCCUUCUGGUGGUGACAUAAACAACUAGGCAUAAAAUGCAAAAUGUCACCACCUGUCAUUUGCUACAGACGCCGAACGCCGAGCACAGUCCACAAAAAGUUAGAGACUAUAUAAAUAUGUCACCACUUUUGGUAAAACCGAUGAAGGAUAUUUAAUAAUUAAACAAUAAUUUGUAAAUCAAACAUGAUGAUAUUAUCGAAGAAUAUCAUCAACAGUUUUAAGGUAAAUAGUAAAAGGUGGAUAGUAAUAAUUUCAGCUAUAAAUCGAAUGGAUAUAUGUAUGGAGUAGUGCUGCCCUCUUUAAAUGAAGAGGAAAUACAAUAUCGUAAAGGCCAAAUAAUUCAUUUGAUAUAGUAUUAUAUAAAAACCGGAAAAGGUAUGACGGAGACGUGAUUAAUUUUACGUAUUGAGGACUCUACCCUAGUGGGCAAAUAAGAAGGAAGAGGCCUGGGUUUUCAGCAUACAUGAGUCUGACAGUGUCGUAAUAUAAAUAAUGAAUAAUAAAAAGUCAAUUUCUCCGGGAUAGGUCAUAAACUGUAUAACAUUUGACAUGCGCUUGCACCGAAACUAAUAGUAAUACUGAGGGUGGUCUAUGUCCCAUGCACGUUAUUUUACAGAAGUCCUUAGAGACAUUAGAAAAUGCAAUACAUGUGAUUUAUUUGGCACCUUAUAGGUGGUCGGACUUACACCUGCUCGAAGCAUACCAGCUACAGUGGGCACAGGGCACGUAAGCUUUCUUUAGACCUCAGUUAUAACCGAAGAAGAGGGACAUCUUCAUCGAGAAGAACAAACGCAGCAACCCUAGUAAUAGUCACAUGUAUGACUAUGCCAAAAUAAAGUGAGUCCAUCCCUGAUUUAUUACCGUUCUUAUACCGUCUUUUCCAUAAGUUCGAAAUUAAACUUGUGCGUUGUAAAGGGAAAUUAUUAAAGUAUAUUAAUCAUAAUCAAGUAUCAGUUGUACAAUCACGCUCCUGGCAAUAAAAUGCGACAUGAUUGGAAUACUAAAACUAAAUUUUAAUAUUCGAGUACACAAUGAUCACAAUUGUUGUCAUGAUCAUUUUAUUACUCACAUUCAUGUUUAUUAAACAUUUUAAACAACUCAAAAUGAAACCUGAAUUCUCAUUAUUCUUAGCCUUAAUUUUUGCUACAACUUUGUUCAACAUUCAACUUUACAUAAAGUUCACAGGGAAGUACGAUUCCCAUCGGAUUAUAAAGGACUUUAAUUGGGCAAAAGAAGACAUCGAAGAUGAUCUCAAAGAUAGCGAACACAUGACAAAUAUCGGACAUUUGCGUCUCCUGGGUUCGGAUCGGACACACGAUGGACCAUUAGCCGGGCAAGUAGAUUGGGGUGCGGGGGAAAGCAUUACCGAAAAUGACGUGAACAUACAGGAACGCGAUGGAGGUCCAGAUUGGAAACGAAUUUUGUGGAUGCCAACGGAGGGAUUUCAUUCUUUUAAUACAACAGCGAGUGAUGAGGCAGGUAAUUUACGACCCGUUCCGGAUAGUAGACCCGGUGAUUGUAAGAAACUGAUGUACGAUGUUACUGAUCUGCCAACAGUGAGCGUUAUCAUACCGUUCCACAAUGAAGCCAGAUCUACCCUCUUGAGGACAGUUCAUAGCGUUUUAGUAAGAACACCUCGGUCGUUACUCCAAGAGGUACUUCUAGUUGAUGAUGCUAGUACAUACGACUGGCUACUAGAGCCGCUUAAUGAUUACGUAGAGCACCUCCCUAAGGUACGAGUUAUUCGUCCUAAGUCUCGCCAAGGCCUCAUCCGUGCACGUCUGGAAGGCGCCAAGGCUGCAACGGGCCAGGUGCUGUUUUUUAUGGACUCGCAUUGUGAGGUGAAUCAUAUGUGGAUCGAGCCACUUCUUCAGAGAAUAAAGGAAAAGAGGGAUACAGUCAUCAUACCCCUGAUGGAGGGGAUAGCGCAUAAAGAUAUGGACUAUAUUGGUGCGAGUGGGGUUGAUACUGGGACGUUUGGUUGGGAUCUCAUAUACAACUGGCGUCGUUUAUCAGAUGAAGAAAUAAGCAGACGAGAUAACAAACUUGCGCCAAUACUCACACCAGCAAUGGUCGGCUGCGCAUUCGGAAUAAAUCGGGACUAUUUCUUCGAAAUUGGUGCAUACGAUGAAAAGAUGGACAUUUGGGGAGGCGAAAAUGUUGAACAUUCAUUCAGAAUUUGGAUGUGUGGAGGAUCUAUAGAAAUACUACCAUGCUGCAGAGUGGCUCACUUGUUCAAGCCUAAACUUCCAUAUAGCUUUCCAGGGGAUUCAGCCCGUGUGAUACAGCGCAAUAUGAUCCGUGUUGCAGAAGUAUGGAUGGACGACUACAAGAAAUAUUACUACGCAACCCAAUCGAAACUCAUACCUAUUGAUUAUGAGUCGUUAGAAGAACGUAAAAAACUUCGACGAGAUUUAAAGUGUAAAUCAUUUGACUGGUUCUUGAAAAAUAUCGCCCCGGAGGUGGAAAUUCCUCCAAGUGAUGCCAUGCAGUUUGGUCAAAUGACACACGAAGGGAGUAAAGAGUGUAUUGCCAGACCAUCUGAAGAAGGACAUUUGACAAGAACAACCUGUUGGUUGCAAGGCGCUGCGGACAGAAUAUUCGCCAUAACAUCAGACGGGAAAUUCCGUUUUGGAGAAGGUUGCAUCGUUCCUACUUUAAACGGGGUAAAGUAUCAGAGGUUGUGCAGAGAGGAACAUAACGUAUGGGAAUUUGUUGAGAGCUCUAGACAUAUCAAAUUAAGACACAAUGACCAAUGCUUAACCUCUAGAAAUGAAACAUUUAAAACACAGCUUUGUGACCCAGCAAGGGAAGACCAAAAAUACAUGUUUGGAUUUAAACUAAAUUUUAAACAGAACAUGAAUAUUCAACAGAUAUCACAUGAACAUAUGAAGAGACCAAAAGAAGCUAUCGAAUUCGGCAUGUUAGCCAAUUCUCUAAAAGUAAAACAGAAUAGAGACUGUGUCUCAGUUCUUGAUGAUGGAACACUUUCUAUCGUGCCAUGCAGUAAGCAGCCGAAUUACCUCAAAGUAUUACAUCUAGAUAGAGAUAAAUCACUCCGCGUGGGGGCAUAUUGCCUUGCAGGUAAAAAGAGUGAAUUGAAAACUUUAAAAUGCCCUCGCAUCAUCAACAACAAAGGUCUCAUGUGGAACUACACACAUUAUCAACAACUUAAACUUCAAAAACGAGGAAGAUGCCUCAUGUUACUAGGCAACGGCGAGCAAAAAACUGUCCAAUUUGCGAAGUGUGAUGAAAAUGAACUUAAACAGAAAUGGGUAUUUGAAAAAGUGCCUGACACUUGA